AUACAAUGAAUCACGUUGUGUAUGCAAGUGAAGAGGUACAAGCUAGGAAGAAAAGAAAGAAGAUGGCAAAUUUUAAAACAGAUGUUGAUAUUAUGAUCCUGGUUUUGUCCAUCAUCGCAAAGAUCCGGUAUUUGACUUCGCAGAUUUUGCAAAUACAACACCCAAUUAGAAGAUCAACUACAAGACUUGGACAUGAAUACAUACAAAAUGCAUUGGUUGAAUAUCCUGCUCAUUUUCGACAUUUAUAUCGUAUGUAUCCUGAUGUAUUUAUGAAGCUAUGAUUUAUUAUUAGAGAACGGAUGGGAGUAAAAGAUACAAGAUAUGUUUCAGUCGAAGAAAUGUUGGCCACGUUUAUGUUUAUUGUUGGUCAAAAUUCAAGAUAUAUUCAAGCUCAAAAUAGAUUCAAGAAGCCAUGUUUCUCAAUAAGUAGGAGCUUUAAUACAAUUCUCAAGGUAUUAAAUGCACUUGCUUCAAGCUAUAUAGCUAAACAUGGAACUACGGUGCCUCAAAACAUAAGAGACAUCACAAGGUUUUAUCCUUACUUUAAGGAUUGCAUUGGAGCUAUUGAUGGUACACAUAUUCUUUCCAUGAUAACUGGAAAAGAUUCAUCUAGUUAUCAUAACAGAAAAGGACAACUAUCGCAAAAUGUUUUAGCUGCAUGUAAUUUUGAUUUAGAAUGCAUGUAUGUUCUUAGUGGAUGGGAAGACUCAGCUCAUGAUGCAAAAAUAUUACAAGAUGCUUUAACAAGAAGUAGCAACCGGCUAAAAGUUCCAGAAGGAAAGUUUUAUUUGGUCAAUUGUGGAUAUGCUAAUCGUCGUAAUUUUCUAGCUCCAUAUCGAAGUACCCGUUAUCAUCUUCAAGAUUUUAGAGGACAAGGAAAAGAUCCGGUAAAUCAAAAUGAAUUGUUCAACCAUCGUCAUUCAAGCUUGAGAAAUGUAAUAGAGAGAAUUUUUGGCAUCUUUAAAUCUAGAUUUCUCAUCUUCAAAUGUGCACCACCAUUUACGUAUAAGACGCAAGAAAGUUAGUACUUGCAUGUGUUGUUUUACACAGCUAUCUUCGUAAGGAAUGCUGUUCAGAUAUGUUUCUUCCUGAAGACGUAAUUGUUGAAGAAAGUAGAGAUGAAGAAGUCGAAGAGGAAAACAAUUGAUGAAAAUUUUCAGGGUAUUGAAUAACAACAAAGAGUGAAUGCUAAUAACUGGAGAGCAAAUAUUGCAGUAAUUAUGUGGGCAUAUGCUACACAAAUGUAAUCUUGAUUGCAACAACAUUUUUUUUUCUUAUUUCUAGACUAUUUGUAAUGACAAUUUUUUAGUUUCCACAAAGAAAAUAAUAGCUGGCAAAGGGAAGGUCAUGUUUUUCUUCACCGGUUUGGCAGUAAGCUCUCAGUCACAAGUCUUUUUGUUGAUUUUCAUAAAAUUAUGGACAUAAACUUUGUUUUGAGUGUUUUCCCCUUGAGAUAACUAAACUUUUCCACCAUGUUUCAUUUAGAAAGUACGUAUACGUCAUAGUGAUGGCAACACCAAUUGUUAGUGGGAAAAGGGAGAUUGUUGUAGACAAAUAUACAUGUUCAUAUCAUUAUAAAUGACAUGUCACCUCUAGCGAUUAACUUUUAUUGCUGGACCUUGUUGGUGCCUUCCAUUUGGUGAAACAUGAGCAUGUUGCAUAUAUGCCUUUAUAUUCUUCAGUAGCUAAACUCUUUCAAUUUCUUCAUGAUGGUGAGUAUCCAGAAGCAGUAAUAUCUGAAGAACCUAAAGGGUAUAGCAGUACCAACCAAGACAAUGGAAGUGUGCUAUUGCAGGACAUGAAGUAAAGAACUAAAAGUAUCGAGCAAGCAGUUGUUAGGGAAAAGAAGAGGAUUGGAAAGCAGAGAAUAAGCGCUCUUGGCACAGAAGCAGAGACCGCAGGCUGUUUGAAGAGAUGGAACUUGAAAACAAAUUCUCGGAUGAAAUCAGACAGCCUAGAUCACCUGCAAUAACUGAGGCUGGAAAUGGUUCAUUGAUGAAAGACAUCCCACUCUAUAAGACCAUCAUGAACAAAGUAUCUAAUCAGGCCAUGGAUUAAUCAAGAAGAGAAAGAUAAGCUAGGGACAGGUUACCACGAUGCAAGAUGAUGAAAGAAAAGGGAGAUGUCAUUACCACAAUGCAAGCUAGGGACAUGUUACCACAAACAAACACAACAUAAAGCAACUAUUUCAGAAACACUGAUUAAUCAAAAGGGAAAAAAGUGAACUUUGAAAUGAAUUCAUGUGUUCACAUGAUUAGAACUAUACGUACUUAUUUCAUAGAUCUGCGUAUUUGAGAAUUGAUUUUCUCAACACUGGAGAAAAUAUUAUGAGUUUUUUUUUUACAGCAAAGAAUUUACAGACUCAUGUUGACUCUGUAAACCAAGUUGGUAACUCUGCAUCCAUGUGAACGACAAAGGACGAUUGUUUCCUAGCAUUGCGUGCUAAGCUAUCCGCCCGAAGGUUCGCCGUCCGAGGAACAUGAACGAUGUCUGAGUUGAGGAAACUUCUUUUGAGAAGUUUGAUAUCUUCCAAAUAGCUUUCGAAUGCUGGCCAUUCUUCUGGUUCCGAAACCAUCUUCACCAAUUGAGAACAAUCCGUCGCAAACGUUACCUGUAACUGUCUUAAAUUAUUCAUACAUUCCAUUGCCCAAAUCAAAGCCU